UGAGGCCCUAGAGGAGUUCGGGAUUCCUGGUGGGAGCCCCAGAUCCGAGCUUGAAACGAUGGAGUCGGGGCAAAUGAGCCCAGAGGUUCUUGGAUGCUGAUUCUGGCUGCGCCCCAAGUCGCAGUGAGCGCUCAGGCAAGCCCCUGCCUCUUUCUGGGCCCCAUUCCUCACGCAUCUCCCCGGGCCUCGAGGGGAUCCUCUGUGGUCCAAGGCCUCACCCCUCUGGUCUGCCGCAGGAUGGGCCUCUCUGCCGCGGCCCCGCUGUGGGGCCCCCCGGGGCUGCUCCUGACCAUCGCCCUGCACCCGGCUCUCUCCUUGCGCCCCGCCAAGGCCUCAGCACCCCCGCACCGGGACUACUGCGUCCUGGGCGCCGGGCCCGCGGGCCUGCAGAUGGCCUACUUCCUGCAGCGGGCCGGGAGGGACUACGUGGUGUUCGAACGCGCCCCGGGGCCCGGCAGCUUCUUCACGCGCUACCCCCGGCACCGCAAGCUCAUCAGCAUCAACAAGCGGUACACGGGCAAGGUCAACGCUGAGUUCAACCUCCGCCACGACUGGAACUCACUGCUCAGCCACGACCCCCGGCUGCUCUUCAGACACUACUCCCACGCCUACUUCCCCGAUGCCGGCGACAUGGUGCGCUACCUGCGCGACUUCGCCGACAGGCUGCAGCUCCACGUGCUGUACAACACGACCAUUGCCCACGUCACUCUGCUCAAGGACCGGCAGGCCUGGAAUGGCCAUUACUUCAUCCUGACCGACCAGAAGGACCUGGCGUACCAGUGCAGCGUCCUUCUUGUAGCCACCGGUUUGUCAGUCCCCAACCAGGUCGACUUCCCUGGCUCCGAAUAUGCGGAGGGUUACGAGUCUGUGUCCGUGGACCCCAAGGACUUUGUGGGUCAGAAUGUGCUGAUCCUGGGCCGUGGGAACUCAGCCUUUGAGACGGCAGAGAACAUCUUGGGUGUCACCAACUUUAUCCACAUGCUGAGCCGCUCCCGGGUCCGGCUCUCCUGGGCCACCCACUACGUUGGAGACCUAAGGGCCAUCAACAAUGGCCUGCUGGACACCUACCAGCUGAAGUCCCUGGACGGGUUGCUCGAGUCUGACCUGACAAAUCUGGCCAUCGUGAAGGACCGUGAAGGCAGGUUCCACGUCACCCUGAAGUUCUUCCUGGAGGAAGCCAACCAGAGUGCCGACGCCAUCACCCUCCCCCAGGACGACAAUGACAACUUUGCCAUGCGCGAGGCCUACGACCGGGUCAUCCGCUGCCUGGGCUGGAACUUCGACUUCUCCAUUUUCAACAAGUCUCUCAGACUCUCUUCGGGGGGUGAGUUCAGCAAGAAGUACCCACUGGUCAGAGCCAGCUAUGAGUCCAAAGGAAGCCGGGGCCUCUUUGUCCUGGGCACUGCCAGCCACUCCGUGGAUUACCGCAAAUCUGCAGGGGGCUUCAUCCAUGGAUUCCGGUACACAGUGCGUGCUGUUCACCGGCUCCUGGAGCAUCGUCACCACGGCAUCACCUGGCCCGCCACCGAGCACCCCAUCACACAGCUGACCAGCUCUAUCGUCCGGCGCGUGAACGAGGCUUCCGGGCUUUACCAGAUGUUCAGUGUGCUGGCCGAUGUCGUCCUGUUGAAGGAGAACGCCGCAGCAUUUGAGUACCUGGAGGAGUUCCCCAUGCAGAUGCUGGCCCAGCUGGAGACGAUCACAGGGAGGAACGCCAGGCACGGGCUCUUCGUCAUCAACAUGGAGUACGGCAGAAAUUUCUCUGGACCCGACAAGGACGUCUUCUUUUAUGACCGGUCUGUGGGGCACACGGAAGACGCCUGGCGGUCUAACUUCCUCCAUCCUGUCAUCUACUACUACAGGCACCUCCCCACUGAGCAGGAGGUGAGGUUCCGCCCCGCAGACUGGCCCCUGCCUCGGCCCACAGCCAUCCACCACAUCGUGGAAGAUUUCUUGACGGACUGGACCGCCCCAGUGGGGCACAUUCUACCUCUGAGGCGCUUCCUGGAGAACUGUUUAGACACCGAUUUGCGAAGCUUCUAUGCAGAGUCCUGUUUCCUGUUCGCCCUAACACGCCAGAAGCAGCCGCCCUUUUGCCAGCAGGGGUACCUGAGAAUGCAGGGGCUUGUGGGCACCGAGAAUCUUCGACAGCAUGGAGUGGAGAGCGGGCUUCUGCGGGACUAUGCUGCCGUGGGCAAGCGCCAGGAGGACAGCAGCCGGCGGCCUGGAGACCAUGAACCAGCAGGUCACCCCCUGGCUCCAGAGCCUCCAGUCCAGCCCCCCGACAGCAACAAGGAGGAGCUCUGAUGGCCAGGCUUCUCCCACCCAGGACCACAGUCAGCCCUCCUCUUUCCCCACAGCCCCGUGCUCCCACCGAUGUGUGAUUGCCAAAGACCACUCCGAUCAUCGCAACGACCACACCAAAGCCACAGGGAGGGCACGUAAGGGCUGAAGGGUGGCCAUGCAGUGAUCUCCUCCCAUCCUGUUUGGUCUCUGGGUGCCGGGGAGGUGGGUCCAGAGAAGGGCAUCCUCUGCCAGGUGGGAGCUGCCUUCCACAGCCAGGCUUGUCUGCAGUGACCUGUCACUGAGCCCCAGGCUGGCCUCACUUGUCUCCCCAUCAAGUGCCCAGUGGUUCCUUUUCCUUCUGGUCUGCUCUUCAGGUGGGCCUUGAUCCCACCCACCAGUAGAGUGUUUCACAGGUGAAAUCCAUCCUCAUCUUCAUAAGGGUUUGGGCAGGCACUUUAGAACAAAAGGUCUAGUACCCUCAACCAUAGAGGGCUGGUGGGGCUGUUGCUCCCGGAUGAAGACACCAGCUCAGAGAGGUUGGGUGACUCCCACGGUCCCAGCUGGGAGUCCCUGUCUGGGUAGCCCUAAAGCCUAUUAGACCUCACCACACUGCCUCUCCCUGCCCCCCAUCUCUGUUUUCAGAACCUAGGGGCCCAGCCUGGCUUAUCGUCAUAGGCCCAGUGGGCUGUCAUCGGGCAGAGAUAGGACAGCUCCCCACAAAGCCAUCUUAUCUAAGCAGUUUUCUCCCUGAGCAGCAGAACUCAGAGCCGCUCUCCCCAAAACUGCACACCCUGACUUAUCUUCAGCCUCUGUGUUUUCCUCUUCCAUCCUCUCCCCUGCCCUCUGGCAUCAUGAACAACGCCUUGCCUCUGGCCUGCCCCAUCAAGUUUUGUAAACUCACCGUGCUGUCUUUCAGUGGGGAUUCUUUCACAGGUGAUUCACCCCGUUGCUUGCACAGAGCCCGGCUCGGCUCAGCGUGUGCAAGGAGACAUUUGUAUGAUAACGAUGAUGCAUUUAGUUUCCGGUUCCCUUAGCUGUUCUGGCUCUUCUUUGUUGUCCAUCCUUACCAGGAAUCUGCUCCCUUCCUACUCUCCCAUCAGGCAUUGUGGUCCCAUUUAUGAGUAAGCCAUGGGAAAGCAUUUGUACAUAAAAUAAUCAUGGUGAUUUUUCAAAGCCCAGGACCGUAGGUGAUUGCUUUCUCACUGGCUCUU